AUGGCGCUCAUCACCACCCCAAUCACCCAGCUCCUUCACAUUGAGCACCCUAUCCUGCUCGCAGGAAUGGGCCAUACUGCCGGUUCUGACCUAGUAGCUGCCGUUUCAAAUGCAGGGGGACUGGGCGUGCUCGGUGGGUUGGGUUACACGCCAAAAAUGCUCCGCGACGCCAUCCAGGAAGUGAAAAGCAAGCUUCGUAAGCCGGAUCUACCGUUCGGCGUGGAUCUCUUGCUCCCCCAGAUGGGAGGCUCCGCCCGCAAAACCAACAAGGACUACACCAAGGGGGCUCUAAAUGAGCUGAUCAAUGUUAUCAUUGAGGAGAAAGCCGCGCUGUUCGUUUCAGCCGUGGGGAUUUCCCCAAAAGAAGUGGUCGAUCGGCUUCAUGGAGCGGGUAUCCUAUACAUGAACAUGGUCGGCCAUCCGAAGCACGUCCACAAAGCCUGUCAAGUGGGCGCCGACCUCAUCUGCGCUCAAGGUGGCGAGGCAGGCGGCCACACAGGUGAAAUUCCGACCAGCGUGCUCAUCCCUGCUUGCGCGGAUGUUUGCCGACAAUAUAAGUCCCCCCUAACGGCAGAGCCCGUCCAGCUCGUGGCGGCGGGCGGCAUUUUCGACGGCCGGGGCAUUGCUGCAGCGCUGAUGAUGGGCGCCAGUGCAGUAUGGGUUGGCACACGCUUCGUCACAGCCCGCGAGUCUGCCGCUCCGGAGCUGGGCAAGAAAGCUAUCAUCGACGCUGGAUUUCAAGACACUAUGAGAAGCACCUUGUGGACGGGUCGACCGCUGAGAGCUCUCGCAACGCCGUAUAUCCGGGACUGGGAACUCAACCGUCGCAGUGAAAUUGAGAAACUGCAGAACGAAGGCAAGAUUGUUUUGGAUUAUGAGCUGGAUAGGCUGGCAAAAGAAGGUAAAUUGACGGAUGAGAUUGAGGACCUGACUACACAGAGGCCGAUGGGUUGCGGUGCCGCCAUGGUGACCCAGGAAGGUCAGUCUGCAAAGGAGAUUGUGCUGGAGAUGGUGGUUGAGGCUUUUGGGCGGUUGAGCGGAGCUCGACAAUAUGUGGAGGCGAAACUCUGA